AUGAACGAAGUGCGCAUGACCGUGACGCCGCUCCAUCGCUUUGUUGCAGGCGCGUUGCUCUCUCCCAGCACGGCCCUCGUCGCUGCCGAGGCGCUCGUCUAUCAGGUCGUUGGCGGCAGCCAGUGCCUGUGGCUGACUCUGGUGGGGCUCGUGGUGAUGCAAGUCGCGGUGCUGGUGGCGAUGGCAGUGGUGGACCGCGCAAGGGUGCGGCGCCUCCAGCGGUGCCUCGUACCGGGCCGCGCGGUUGCCUACCGAGAGGAGACAUGGGCAGUGGUGGGGUCAGCGCAGCUGGUCCCUGGCGACCUUGUCCAGCUUGUUGCAGGGUCAGCGGUGUUUGCUGACUGCUCUCUCUACAACGGGUCCGUGUUGAUGGAUAUGUCCGACGUGACGGGGCGCACCCGCACCGAGCCUGCCGCAGCGGGCCAGCUCCUGGUCGCCGGCUCCAAGGUGGUGGACGGGGCUGGGGAAGCUGUGGUGCGCUACACAGGGCCAGAGACGUUCGUGGGUCAGACCAUUGAGCUUGUAGAGCGCCUGCCACACGGCUUUGAGCAGCGGCAGCGGCUCAGUCGAGCCUACGCCGGCACAUAUUUCCUUAUAGCUGCCGUAGCGGUGACGGCGGAGGUGGUGCUGUUCGGGGCUCUCCGUGGGUGGGACGGCUACUCAGUGUGGAGAAUGGCACGGGAGACGACGCUGUUUGCCCUGCUGUGCACUCCGGUUAGCUUUGAUCUCGCCGUGUACGUGGCAACGUCGCGAGGUGCGUCGGCGGCCAUGCAGCGCUCUCAGGCCGUCGUCUUGCGCCUCCGCGCCCUCCUCUCACUUGCAUCGGUUGACAUGCUGCUGGUGGACAAGACAGGCACCUUGUCUUCCGGUCACUGCACCCUCGCGGCGCAUCAUCGCGCCUACUUAGCAGGGUACCCGUCUCGUGCAGCCGUGGUCCAGCUGAUGGCGCUGGCGUGCCGGUGGCGGCAGCCAAGUCUGCACGCGACAAAGCGAGCUGUGCUGCGCAGCGCGGACCUCGACGCCUGUGACGAAUACACGCAGUUGGACUACGUAGAGCACGAGGGGGAGCAUCGCAGCUCCGCCCUGCUGCGCCGGCGUGAUGGGGGGCUUCUUCGUGUCACCGAAGGGCGGCUUCGCUCCGUCUUGGCGCUCGUCCAGCAUCCAGAGUCUGCCGCCGCGUGCGUUGAGGCGCAGCGUCUGGCGUUUGCCUGGAGCCAGAGCGGUCUGCGAUGUGUGGCGGUGGCCGUUGCCGAGGGCGAUGGCCCUUGGCGGUUAGCCGGGCUUCUCACGUUCGCUGACCCGCUGCGCGGCGACGCGGCCCCGAUGGUCUGGGACUGUAGCCGACUUGGUGUUGACGUGACGCUGAUCUCUGGCGAUGAGCACCGGGCUGUCGCCGCCGCGGCAGAGGCGGUGCAGCUAAAAUCCGAGGUGAUGAGCGGGCGAGACGUGCCGCCUCUGAGCAUGUGGGAAGCAGAGCACCGCUCGCCAGCGUCUGCGCUGAGCGUGACGGUCGACAUGAGCGCCGCUGCGAACUCUGCGACCGAGUACGCCGCCUGCCGCGCCUACGCAGAGAUGCAGCCUCAACAGAAGGCAGCGCUCGUGCGUGCGCUUCAGCAGUCAGGCCGCGUCGUGGCUGUGUUGGGCGACGGGGUAAACGACGCCGCAGCGGCGCGCCUUUCGGACGUCGGCAUUGCACUGCUCUCGGCUGAGCAGGGCCAAGCCACGGCACGGGGCGCGCUGUGGGGUGCCGACAUCGCCCUCACCUCCGACCACCUCGGCACCGUGGCGGAGCUGCUUGUCGUCAGCCGCGAACUCUUCGGCACCAUCUACUCCGUUUUUUUUUGGGUAACAGCAGCGGCACUGCAGCUGUCGGUGCUCGCUGCCACCUUGGCGGUAGCGGUUCCGCGGCGCUGCGCUGGUGAAUCCUCGAACGAGCUUGGACUAGGGCUUCCACCGAGUGGCCUUCACGUAUUGACGCUCGUCUACAUCAACGGACUGACGCUGAUGUGGGUUUCUACAGAGGCUGGCGACGGCACCUACUGGGCCGCGGCACCCUGCUGUCUCAGCUACAGCGUGGCGCUGCUGCAGGCGUCCACGAUGGCGUUUAUCGGUCUCGUUGGCGGCGUCGCCCUCGGGAUCGUUGGCGGCCUCGCCUGCGACGGAUGUGGCUGGUGGCCACUAGUCUCACCCGGCAUGCUGGAGGUCAUCACUGAGGAGCGCCUGGGCGGCAUUAUCACGUUCUACAUCCUCUACCUGAACCUAUUUCUGACGAUGAGCUGCGCCUCGCCGGUGCGGGCGGGGUGGCGCUUCUGGCGACACUCGCGCCUGCGCAUCGUACUCGCCCUUACCGUAGUGUACGGGCUGUACAUGACCUGGGCAAUCGACGCACAUCUCAGCUUUGCCGCUUGCCUGUGUGUCUACUGUGGUGUCGUCGCUGUUCUGCAGGACAUGGCAAAGCUCACGGUGCAUGGCAUCUGCUACUGCCUUGGGUUUCGUACGUACCGCGCCUGUGUGGACGGCAUGUACGGUCUCCAGCGGCACGGCCAUGCCGAUGCGGACGAGGACACCUCGGCGACGCUGCCACGCAGGACGACAAGCACGCCAUCUCAUGACGCCGCCGGCCGCCGCAGUUCUGUGUCGUCCUCUCUGGAUGCAGUGGUGGGUUGCAUUGCCAGCCUCGAUGUGAAGCUGCUCUGCCGUGCCCGACCCGCGCCAAUGACCUCAGCAGAGUAA